AUGAUAGAGACUCUGGAGGAGGAAGUGGAUCUGACGCUGAAGAGGCUGGAGAGGCAUUCAUUCUAUAACCUGAAGAAAAUCACCCACAUAGAGAUCCGGAAUGCGAGGAGUCUGUCAUACAUAGAUCCAGAAGCAUUUAAAAACCUUCCAAACCUGAAAUACCUGGGUAUUUUCAAUACUGGCCUCACCAUCUUCCCUGAUCUCACCAACAUUCACUCAGAUGAUAUGAACUUCAUACUUGAGAUCACUGAUCAUCCUUACAUCUCUGAGGUCCCAGCCAACUCAUUCCGCGGUAUUACCAACCAAGUGCUGACAGUGAUGCUGUACAGUAACGGCUUCACAGACAUCCAACAUCAUGCUUUCAACGGGACCAAACUGGAUGCUGUGUACCUCCAUAGAAACAGGCGUCUGACCAGGAUGGAUGAAAAUAUGUUUUCUGGCACUGUCAGUGGCCCAAUGCUGCUUGACGUGUCCCUGACGGCGGUGUCGUCCCUCCCCACAGCAGGGCUGGAGUCUCUCAGGGAGCUGAUGGCACGCAGCGCCUGGAACCUCAAGAAGCUUCCGCCAAUCAAAACCUUCAAACACCUGACCACCGCUGACCUCACCUACCCCUCUCACUGCUGCGGCUUCAAGAACCUCAAGAAGAAACGAGGAUACCUGGAGUACAUCAUCUGUAACCUGACAGCAUUCUACGACCAGCAGCAGAAGAGGUCCGUAGGUCCUCUCACAGUCCCAUCCCUCCAGGGAGACCCCACUGCAGACACAGCUGACCAGGAGCCCAGUGAGGAGGGCUUCAGAGAUGGUGUAUUCAAAGAUACCCAGGGAGACCCCUGGAGAGACAUCCACAACAGCCUCAACUACCACGCCUACUUCGGUGGGCAGCCGGACGAUGACGUGGGCUUCGGGGAGAUGCUGAAGGUAAGAGAGGAUCACCUGUUUCAAUCUCCACACUGA